ACUCACCAUGCCAGGCUCCCUUUGAAUAUUUUAGACAGAUCCUGUGUAAUCCAGGCUAGACUUGACCUCAUGGCAAACCUUCUGCCUCAGCCUCUCCAGUGAGUGCUACCACACCUGGCUAGAUUGUUGCCUUUGAAGGAGAAGACAGCAUGGGAACUACUCCUUCCACACCUAAACCCACCAUCAGAACAAUCUCCACGGCAGCCCCAGUGACCAGUUCUACACCCUAUUCCUUCAAACCCAAAAAGGAACACUUAAUCCUGGCCUUUUUUGCUGGGGUUCUGCUGACACUGCUCCUUGUGAUCCUUACUCUCCUCAUCAAGAGCUGCAGAAAAUGUAACUCCAGUGCCCAGACCCGGUACCCUCACUCAGAGCCUCCCACCAAGCUGUCAUCUAUAUCAAAGGAGUCGCUCACAUAUGCCAGCAUGACUUUCAAGUCCUCAGAAGAAAACAGCAAUGACUUGACUAGAAACCACUCCUCAGGCUUGGACCCCACUGUCUAUUCUCAGAUUAAAGUGACAGACCCAUAGCUGCCUCUCCAAUGAGGCAGAAUGCAGGACCUCA